AUGUGUAAGAAGCAGGAAAUGCAGAAACAUCUGGCAACAUUUUUGAUGGAUAAUAAUGAUGCCCUCGGCACUGUAGAAGAUACCAUAAAGCGAUUAUUUCAGCUGGAAUCGAAGGACAAGAUCUGGGCCCAGGAGAUGGUUUUUCAAGUAAUGAACACAUCAAUCAGCCUUCUAGACUCUGGAACUCAGGAAGAACUGGAAAAUUUUCCCCUCUCCAUAGUCCAACACUGCCGUAGCAUUCAAGGUCCUCAUCGCUAUCCUCACCUGCUUCUUCUAGUAUGUCAAGAGCCUGAACAAAACAAACCUGAUGUACAUUUCUUCAACUGUGAGAUGGAGGCUGAACUGGUUCACGCAGAUAUAGAAAGUGCGCUUGUGGACAUUAAACAUGGCAAAAAAAUGCGACUACAGACCCUCAAGAUUAACCAAGAGAGGAUCAAUCAAAGAGAAUCAAUCCUUCCUCCUGCCACCGCGCCAAAGCCCGUCAGAGAUAGCAAGAACCGUGUAAUUUCCCCAUCUUCAGGAAGUGAGAUUGAGUUUGAUCGAAGAAGUAACGUAUCGCAAGAACUGGAAGAAUCACGGGAAGCAUUGGCAAAGAGGAUUGAGAAGGAUACACAAUGCUUAAACUGCACACUGGAUGACAUAGAGGUUUUUGUGGCAAAGCUACAAAAAGCAGCAGAAGCCUUCAAGCAACUGAACCAGAGAAAGAAAGGCAAAAAGAACAAAAAGAAAGGACCAGCAGAGGGAGUCUUGACGUUACGAUCUAGACCACCUAAUGAGCUAGAGUUCAUAGACUGUUUUCAGAAAAUCAAGCUGGCCAUCAACCUGUUGGCCAAGUUAAGAAAACAUAUCCAGAACCCUAGUUCAGCUGAACUGGUCCAUUUUAUCUUUGGACCACUGGAAUUGAUAAUUCAGAGCUCUGGAGGACCAGAGUUAGGAAGAUCUAUCACCUGUCCUCUCUUGUCCAAGGAUGCCACUGACUUCCUGAGGGGUCAUCUAACUCCAAAGGAAAUGCAAAUCUGGGAUAGUUUGGGAGAGAGAUGGACAAAAUCAAGGGCAGAGUGGCCAAAGGAACCUUUAAUCCCACAGUACAUACCAAGAUUUAAUAAUGGAUGGAUACCUCCAAUAGACAUCUUCCAGGGAGCACCUUGGGAGCAAGAUGUGGGACACCCACCAGAGCCUAAUAAACCCCUUUUCCUAGAAGAUCCACCAAAGCCAAAGGAAAAUCUUGGACCCAGGACGAAUCUUCCUCCUCCUAAUGGAAAUCCUUAUAGGACACCAUCAUUCAAACAAUCGAACAUUCCUCCAGAAAUAAAGCCAGAGUAUAACACAGGCCCUAAACUCAGCAGUUAUAAUGCACCAGUGCCGGCACAGCCACAGAAAUGCGCCAAAAUUCGUUAUGACUUCACCGCUAGAAAUGCCAAUGAGUUGUCAGUACUGAAAGAUGAAGUCCUGGAGGUUCUGGAGGACAAUAAGCAGUGGUGGAAAUUAAGAAACAGGAUUGGGCAGGAGGGAUACGUCCCAUAUAAUAUUCUUGAUGUAGUAUCUACCGAGCAAUUCGACCAGUUAGAUAGUCAAAUGGUUGGGCCAAAGUACAAAGGAGAACUGAGCCCUAGAGCUCCCAUUAGCCCAGCAUAUAAGAUUCCUGGCAGUUAUGCUGGAGAUAAAUGGGGGAGUGAGACGACAGGAUGGUCCAACAAUCAGAAGGAGCAGAUAAUUCACAAUAUGGAUGAGUUGAAUGACGAACUCCUCAAGAAGCUGACAUCACAGCAGGCACCUAAAAGGAACUUUGCUGCACCAAAGGUUCAGCAAGUGCAUGCACCAUUAACCUUCCAGUCGGAGCCAGAAGAAGUCAAAGCCUGGCUCGAAGCAAAGGGCUUUAGUAAAGGAACUUCCGCUCAGUUGGGCAUAUUAAAUGGGGCACAACUUUUCUCUCUCAAUAAGGAGGAGCUGAAGAAAGUUUGUGGAGAAGAGGGUGCAAGGGUAUACAGCCAGCUGGCUGUACAGAAGUCUCAACUAGAGAAAAGUCAAGGGGAAUCAGAACUAGAGGAAAUCAUGAAACGACGUCAAGAAAAGAGUGAAACCACCAACUAGCAAAACAUCUCCCCUUUCUGUUUCUCUGCCCACGUAGCCUUGUAAAGUCACUUGCUGCAGAUAUUCAUGCCUCUGGCUGCAGAAGGUUUAUGUCUUGACACCCACAACUUGCAAGGAACAUAAGACAUUGACCUCAGCAGGAAAUAUAUACAAAUGUAUACAGAUGUAGCAGGGUUAGCACUCAAACUCUUAACUCAAAUUUCUUAAGUCAUCGUGUUAUCUUGAAAAAAAACUAAAAAAAACCAUUGUAAAGCAAUUGAAGGAGUUUGCUUAGUUUAGAUAACACAUCUCAGAAAUCUCCGAAAGCAUGAGUGUUAACUCUACUACAGUCGGUACAUAGAUGUGCAGCAAGUUUUAUAAAGCCCUCUAGUGGGAAAUGUGGUGUAUUGCAGGGUUUUCACCACCAAAUUCCAUUGCCUUUGAGCACUUGUCAGUAGCAGAACCUGCUAGAGGAUAUCUGCAUAUAUGUAUAGAUAUAUAUAAUAUUCAUAUAUUUAUGUUUAUAUAUCACAUGGAUUUAUCUAAUCUCUAUACAAUUUUCUUUCUUUUCUUAUGAGGCCAGCUGUCCUGCUAGCAGUUAAAGGGUUAAAUCAGGAGGAGAGCUAUAAGUAUUGCAUGAAAGUAUUAUUUUUAUAUGUAUGUACUUUUAUUUUAUACAUUUUUUGCAAAGGUUUUAGAGUCAGGUUAAAGUCUCACCAAGGGUCUUUGCAAGGCAUGUAGACAAUUCUCUAUUCCACUGGAAAUGAGGGGCAUUUCAUUUAACGGAUAAAUACUGAAUAUCCCUUAUUCUGCUCAUUGUCUUGUAUACAAUGCACAUAACACAAUAAAAUGUUGCUACAGAGGAGGAUUCUGCUGAAAGUAAGCAGGGACCAAUGAUAUCUACUAAAGGAAUAUCUCACUCUAGAUAAAUAAUGCAAUAAGAAAUGUAAUAUUUGUAUACAAAAUAUAAAAAAAAUGUAUUUUUUCUUAAACUAUUUUUGAAUAACUCCUCCUGAAGAGCAAAUUUUGUAGCUAACAAACCAAUGGAACUAAUCUCAUUAUUUUGUUUCCAUUAAUCCAUUCAUUACAGUAAUUAGGCUCUUAAGCUCCCUCUGGUGGUGACUGCAGGCAGUCAGAAUGCAGUGGAUUUAGAUUUCUGUAUUAGAAAAACUGAGCUUCAACUUCUGCAAAGACAUAUUUAAAAAAAACAGCAAAGAGUUUUAGACUUUUUAUUUUAAAGGGGUAUUCCCAUCUCAGACAAUGGGGGUAUAUCGCUAGGAUAUGCCCCA